UCUCCAUGACAACCAAGUAAAAACCUUGCCGAGGAAAUGUGAACCAUACUUUCAUAAUAAAAAGUCUUGGCAAAAUAUGGCGAUAUAUUCGGGAAUAUACUUGUGGAAAUUACAGUGUGUGGUACAGUGGUACAUGCUGGUUGUCAGCAAGAAAGCUGAGUAACAAUAUGGCAGGAAACAAUCUUAACUGUAAUGACUACAUUUAAAGCAGUUCAUAAAUUAUAAACGAGAUUAUAUUAAACAUGUCUGCACGUAGACAGAAACUAUAUUUCUUUGACCAAGAUCAACCCACACACGUCAGACGCAAGCGAAAACCAGUCGAUCAGCUUCCAUUCUCUCUUCCUUUUACCGGAGUAAGCGGAACACUGAAAGUUGAAGCUUAUUUACGGCAACAAAUAAAAAUUUCUGAAGCAGCCGGUGAUAGUUCACCUCAAACACCUGACCAAAUCACAAAUAAUAAUGAAGAUAUCGAUGAUCAGAAACAAACAAAAGAUGGCUUUUUGCAACAAGAUGGCGAUCAAAGUGUUGCAAAGGCGACGCGAAAGGGGAAAUCACUCGCAACGUUUUCAGAAUACAAUGAGCCUGACGAAGACGAAGAUACGCAGAGAUUUUUAUUCGAAGAAAAUAAAUUUGCAGCUCCCAAUCUUCUUGCACACUUGGGCAGGAUUCUUGAGAUUCUCUACGAGACACGGGUCGACCGAAAUAAUAAUAUUUCCGCACGCGUAAAAACGCUUGAUAAUUGGGCCAAUUUGACGACGUCAAACAAUCGCUAUCUAAAUUUGUCCACAAGUCAUUUUAAUUUACGCGCUAUAGGAAUUUCUAUACCGUUUCACUUAGCCGAGAAAUUAAAGUGGAACUUUGAGCAGUUGAUAGUCAACACUGUAUACUCUAAACGCCAAUGGCAAACGAUAGGAUAUAAACAGCAAGCAAAUAUAACACGUUCAGUUACCGGGGAAUUUGAUACCUCGCAGCAACAAGGUAUGUCUGAGCUACACGAAGUUACAGAAACGAAGUCGGGAGAAGAUAUAGCAAAUAAUGAAUUUAGCGGAAAACAUAAUCGAAACAAGCGUGAUAGCCUUACGAGCAAGAAAUCCAAGAAGAUAACAGAUGAUUCAAAAACGCUUCCUGAGACAUCACAAGACUCUCAGAAACGAGGUAGCGUUUCCUUUGUAAGUAAGAAGUCAAGAAAGUCAACUACUGAUGAGCAAGUUCAAAAACCAUCAAUUCAUGUUGAAACAGUUACGGAUGAUAAGCGAGAUAGUAUUUCAGAUUCAAUUGGCCAGUCACCAAACUCAAAUGAAGAUCAACUUCUCUUGAAACCAACUCAGACAGUCUCAACAAACACGGUGAAACGAGACAGUAUUAGUAGCAUGAAGGAUGAAGAUCAGCUUAAAGAUGGUGAACUUCUCAAGAGUGUACAAGGUUUUAGACGAGAAUCUUUAAAGUGUAUAAAUGCCGUUAAAGCUCCAAGAACUCGACUGGAGAAAUACAAAUACAUACCAGACAAGUCACAUUUAGCUCUCUCUUGGAGAAAAAAAGUCGAUAAAGAAGCCCCAAACAGUAAAGAGAAGGAUGGUAAAGAGAAAAAAAUGACAGAUGAAACUGGAACAGAAAAGGAUUUAAUUGGACAGGAACUUGAAAACGAGUAUAUUUCAUAUCAUAGAAUGAAUAAAGAGGAAGGUCCAAUGUCCGGGCAUUCCAUUUUUUUUUCUCUCAUGUCCAAGACUUGCGAAGACAAUGGUUGGGUUCAUCACGUUAAUCCUGACGCGGAUUUAGAAAGAUUAACAGUAAUUGAAUGGGCCCGUGCCAGGCUGCAAGAAGCUAUCCAAAAAAGUUCAGAACACGAUCUUUCGAAACACGGUUCGGAGCUGGUAAUAAAACAAUACGGAGGGGCGAAAAUAGAUGUUAAUCAACAAACUAAAAUCUGGAUGAAACAAUGCGAAGAAAAAAGUCUAGUUUGCAUCACAAAGUUUGUGACGUUUAUGCCUGACCAUGAAGACACCACCUUCAAACAACCAAAGGUUAAAAAGGUCGCGCCCGUUGUUCUGAAGGAAUAUGGAGAGAAAAUUGUCGGGAAAGUUCGGAAGGGAAGACAGAAGAUCAAGAGAACGCCUUCAGGAACUGCUAAGAUUGAUCUAUUUAUCAUUGCUUUACCUGAUAAUACAUUAAAUUUGUACUAUCCAUCAGGAAAAAUUGCUGUUUGUACGGCAAGAAAUAUGGUUGGAGAAGGAAAAUACACAUACGUUUAUGGAACCGACGGUGAAACGUUAUUAGCCUACUUUACACCUACAAAUGCUUUCUGCUGUGAUAAGUCUGGAAAGAUCUUCAUGUGUACGCCAAAGGAAGGUACUAUUUAUAACAAGGAAAACACUCUGAUAGAACACUGGACAUGGAAGACCUGUAUAAAAAAUCCAGUCAAAACAUUUGAGUUGAACGAGUUUUUAACACUGAAAAUAGCCAGUCGAAAUCAGAUGAACGUGCAUUUUUCUGCAAGACAAGAUACGUACAAAUUGAAUGUCGGAAUUACCCAAGAUUUACAUUGUAUUCUGGUCAAUUCUGCGGGUGAAAUGAUGACCACAGGUGAUUAUCUGUCAGAAGUUGCGCAACAGUUGACAGUUUUGAAAACGAACAAAGUCCCGCGAACAAGACGUGAAGAAAGAAGAGCUCGGGCUCAACAAAGGAAAUCUAGCCAACAAAGCAAUCCUGAAGAUUUACAAGCACAAAGGAAAGAAGAUUUAGAUAAAAUAUUUCCAGAAAGAAAAAAUUUAGCUCUUGAUCUGCCUUCAGAUGUUGACCUGUAUAAAAUGAGACGAAGAAUUAAAGGUAUUGUGUACGAUUGGAUGGAAAGUUAUCGCUUUUUGGCUGGCAUUUCAGUUUCAGUUAAAAUCCCGGAUAGAAGAACACAUCGUAAGCACACUAUGUCAGCCAAGUCACUGCCAGGAAAAAUGCCUUCAACCCAAGUAACUUUCAAAAGAUCAGGUUCACCAAUGAUUACCGCUGAACAUCGUGCACCGUCUGCUCCACCUUUGCCACGUGGUGAGAAAGUCAACGUAGUACCGCUAGAGAAUUUUGUAAAAUCUGUAGAAGGACUCCUGGAGUAUGGAAACGAGUCGCGUGAUUAUCCUGGUGUUUCUUCUGUCUACUUGACUGAAAUGGACAGAGAAAAAAUUCUAGCGAACCAGGCGGGUCUUAAACCUCCAUUCCGAUGUGGUAUGAUGUCAUAUGAGAAUCGAAAUUCGUCACUGAAGGAAGGCUGUCCUGUAGCACUACGUGCUGAGCUUCUGGGCGAAAAAUACCCGUGUUGUCGAUGCAGAAAGCGAGAAAUUCCUUUUGUAUCAGAUUUUGCGUACGACAAAUUCAUUAAAGAAAGUGUUCCACAUACACAGUUGUUAGUUGUCAGCAUUAUUUCAUCCAGAAACCCAUCAGUGACACAAUGUACAAGUAUGUUGGAACAACUUUAUUAUGAGAAAAACAGAAAUCGUUCGUUUCCUUGCGCUCAGGCUCGCAAUGAUUCAUAUCGUAUUGUAUUAUAUAAUAUUGAUAGUGUUGUGAGGAUUGAACAACCUCUGUUGGUUAAAAGACACAAUGUUAUUCCUGGAAUGUUUUUGAUGUAUAUUGGAGGUAAGCUGUUGUUUGCAGAUCAUAUUUUCAAUGGAUAUGGAAAUGCUCGAAAAGAUUUUCUGAAGCAGAUUGCGAAGACAAGAAAAGAUUAUUCACAAGGCUUGUUUUUACCAAUGGAUUUCCGACUGAGUCCGUCGCCGUGCCGAUCGGGUCCUCGUGCAGCAUGGGGCGGUGAGAUAGGUGGUAUAUCACGAAGUGCAUUAUGUCAUAGUUCAGAUUUAGAUAUGACGCGAAGUUUAAUUUCAUCUGAAGAAAGUCGUUUGCCUUCUGCCGCUACUACAAUUUCGUCAGAAAUGACUGUUUUGAGAGCUAACGGUGCGAAAUCGGCGGCAAGUUUCAUCAAUCUUGGACUUGCCAUAGACAGUCCGUUGUUUCACAAGCAUAUUAAGAGCAAGUCACCAAUACUAAGAAAGACGGUUCCCGCUAAAGGUCGAGCAUGACGGUUAGUGGACUAAAACUAGUGUAAGUGAAAUUAUUUAUUGUAUAAAGAUCUAUUUAUAGUUGGUAAAUAAAUUGAGAUUGUGA